GUGUCACACCAGAAAAAACUCCCGGAACACCAAAGCCGCUCACACUGCCACACAUCUUGAGACACCUUACUCUUUCUUUUCUCACUCACUCACACAAAAUCUGACAAUCUCUCCGAUCCUCCUCUCGGUUUUCUCCUCGCCGUUGCAGACGAUCCUUAUUCAUUCUCUACUUGCUUAAAGUACCACCUUCGCUUCAGUCACAAUGUUGGGCCUACGGAAAGCAUUCGUUUUCUGCACAGUGGUUUUGGGUGCCCUGAGUGCACAACAUACAGAAGAGGAUGAUAACAGAUUGGUUAAUUGGGAAUCGUUUCAUGCUCUGCUCGAGACUGUCGAUCCAGCCGCUCUACACUCGGUCCUGCACCAACUAUCUCCAAAGUUCCAGGAUGGCGUCUUCAGCAAGGACCGUGCGGCCAUUGAGCAUGUGCACUCCGAAAACCCCGUCAUUGCAAGCAAGCUUGUUCAUCUAGCAAAGAAGAGACAAGCCAGCAAUUCCACCACCACCGCCGUUGCUGCCACCACCACCGCUACCACGCCUGUUGAGAGCAGUGCCGAAGCAGAGUCGAGUUCUCAAGCUGCGAGCAUUUCCUCCGUCCUGUCCUCCGAGAUCCUUGCCUCUACCGUACCGGGAGCGACCACCAUCACAGUUGCACCGUCCACGCCUGUUUCUGCGACGGCAAUCGCCACGACCAAUGGCGCUGUUGUCUACAGCACAUACGGUGGUGGCGUUGUGACACUUACCUCCUCUGCUGUGGGAGUGCGGUUCACUCCCAGCACCUCCACUCAUCUAUACUACACCACCGCCGCCGAUGGGAGCAUAGAAACAGAAACAUCAGUGGUAGUUGUGAAUGCCCCAGUGACUGGCACAGAUACUUCGGCGGAGGGCGCAGCGGCCACCACGAGCAGCAAUCCCUCACUACAAAACGGUGCUUCUUCGAACAAGGUCGGAGGUGUCCUGGUACUUCUGGGUUUGGGAGCUUGCCUCUUUGCUCUGUAAACAGUUCCUGGAGGCAUGGACAUAAUCAUGGUCGUCUUGGUCGAGGCACGAAGCUCAAUCCAAUACUCUCAACAUAUGGCUCCAUUUCUCAAGUUCGUGACUUUCUUGACCUCUCGAUGCUCACGUGCUUGGUUGCAUUUUGUUGUGGUUGACUCUAGCAUUGUGUCAUAAACUCGAGAACUCUGCUGGGUGAGUUGUU